AUUCGAGUACACUUUGUCAACUCUGUCAUGAAAAGUAUCCGUGUGAUGAAAUUUAUUUUCAGAGAAAUACAGAUAUACCAAUUCGACGAACUCAAGUACUGGAUAUUAUCUGCAGUUCUGAACGAGAAACAACAACAUACAAAGUUAUAUCGAUCGGUAAACCAGAUGAUCGACUAUUCGAUACAAUUCCAAAAAAUUGGGCAUACGAUUGCCAAGACGUUACAUUAGGAAUUCGAUACAAUUCACAGUUAUCAACAAUAGGAUUGAAAAAAAGUGCAAUAGUUGAAAUUUGGCUCAGUACUCCACCUCAUCGAAUUCAUGACAAUGACACAGUGAUCAUUGAGUGGCAACCAUCAAGUGUUUUUAACUGUAUGGAUUGUGCAACAUGGACGCCAGAACGACUUGUAUUCAAUUCGACUAAUUUUGAUAAAAGACAAGAGCUUGUGAUCACUCGUGUCAAAGUUGGAGAAGUAGUUCUUCUUCCAAUACUUCAUGGUGGAGGAUACGAUAAGAUUCUGUCAGCAGGUUAUCCAAUUUAUAUUGAAUAG